AUUUACGGACUCCAACUUGACGUUGGGGGAGUCCGUCAAAUAGACAAAUUGGAAAAAGCCUUGAUACUUCUUACUUCUCUCUUCAAACCAAAUCAUCAACUUCUCAACUUGCUUCCUGAAUUUGCUUUCCUGACAAAUGGAUUACACAGGCUACAAAUGUGGAAAAUGUCAAAGCACACACUAUACAGUUUUUGCCUCAUUUAUGAAAAGCACUUAAAGUAUCGAGAGGCCUCAGAUGAUGAAGAUUCUGACAAGGAAGAUACCCCCGUUGUGGAAUCCUGUAUUCUUGUGGAGACCCUGAUGUUGGUUCUGGAAACGACACCAGUGAUGUUUCUGGAGAAUCUGAAGAAGGAGAGCGCAAGAGAAAGAAGGCACUACGUACCAAGGAAGCCAAAAAGGCCAAGUUGGCUUUGGAGGCAAACUUGGAGGCAAACUCGGAAGAGGACAGCGACCUGUCGAGCGCUUUUUAGGAUUGCAGCCUCGACGAGGAUGACGACGAGUAAAUGGCUAUGGGGAAGAGAAAAGGAGGAGAAAUUCUAGAAAAGAGAGUCGAAAAAUUCAGAUUA